AUGGGGUUCUUGGGUCCAAACAUUGUAACUGCCAAAGAUGAGUCCUGGUCCCGCCAGCGCCGUAUCGUCGCCCCGGCUCUGAACGAACGCAUUAGCCCAGAAGUGUGGAGAGUGAGCGUAGAACAAGCAUCCUCCAUGGCAGACCUCUUACCCUCAGUCUCCCCACCUGAUGCUGCCAAGGGACCCGCCAAGAUAGUUCUUGGUCUUCGUACGAUUGCGAUGAACGUUCUCGGUCGAAUCGCGUAUGGGCAUGACAAACCAUUCGCUUUAUCUCAACCGUCGAUCAAAGCAUCCGCAGACAUCUCAUACGUAGAUGCUAUUGCUUUGGUCACUGACAAGCUCAUCUACGCUGCAUUUCUUCCUGCCAGCUUUCUAGGCUUGCCCUUCAUGCCGCAAAUAUCGCAGCGAUUAGGUACAGCGCUGAAGCGAUUGCCAGGGCUAACACAAGACAUGCUCAAUCAAGAGCGCCAGAACAGUGCUUCUACAUCGCCGCAUGUCACGCAGACCACCGAAAGCCCGAACAACAGUCGAGGCACCAUCAUGGAGGAACUUGUCCGCCUUUCAGACCAGGAGAAGAUCCGGACAGACGCUUCAACACCUGAGUCGUUGGACAAGGUUACCAAGAAGUUUCUCACCGAGGAAGAAAUCGCAGGAAACCUCUUCAUCUUCACCGCUGCUGGCUUUGACACGACCGCAAACACAAUGUCCUACGCCGUCGCGCUGCUCGCAGUGUAUCCGGAGUGGCAAGCCUGGAUCCAGACCGAGAUCGAUACUGUGCUUGGGGGACCUGACAUGUCGCCAAUAGACUAUGCAAGUGCAUUCCCGAAACUUGUUCGCUGUUUAGCUGUUAUGGUAAGCUAUCCAAUAUCGACAUACUGCCAUCCUCGAACGGCAUCCUUCAAGGACGGCUAG